AUGUCUCCACCUGAUAUGGAUAUGUCCGUCUUGAUUUACGGAGCUGGUAGUAUUGGAGCCAUUCUCGCCUACCUAUUAUCCAGGAGUAUCCCAGAGAAGAACAUCUACGCCGUCUGCCGCUCCAACUAUGAUACCGCCAAGGAACAAGGCUUCACCAUCGACUCGAAUCUGUGGGGAGAUGGCCUAUCUGUACACCCAUGUAUCGUACGCUCUGUCGAAGAGGCUGUCAGGUCAUCACCCCAGCCAUUCAGAUGGCUUCUUGUUACUACGAAGGCUACAAUUGAUUGCCCCGAGGCCGAGGCCAUCAGACCAGCUGUUUCACCCAACACAACAAUCGUCAUCCUGCAAAACGGCAUAGCCAUUGAAGAACCAUUCCGGGCUGCAUUCCCUCAGGCACCAAUCCUUAGCGGUGUUCUAUACACACCUGUCAGCCAGACAGGGCCUACCACCUUCACACACGGGACCUUGGAUGAAGUGUAUAUGGGAACAUUUCCAGCGGACGCCCCUGUCCUUCAUAUGAACGCUUGUGCCAAGUUCACUUGCCUUGUGAGAACAGGAGGCGCAAAAGCCCACUACGUCACCGACAUACAGAUCGAACGAUGGAAGAAGCUUCUUAUAAACGGCUCUGAGAACCCAAUAUGUGCUCUCUGUCGUCUUCGAGAUGCCGAGUUCUUCAGGAGCUCUUGUGGUGCGACGGCUUUUAUGACGGAUGUCAUGUCAGAAAUUGCUGCGACUGCGCGAGCUGCUGGCUAUACUUCCAUUGACGAGGGAGUAGUCCAAGAACAGUUGGAACUGUUGACGAUAAGACCGCUUCCUGGGGUUAUGCCUAGUAUGAUGGCAGAUGUGCUUGCAGGGCGGCAGAUGGAAGCGGAUGUUAUCCUGGGGAAUACAGUCAAAAUUGCUCAAAACCACCAAGUGGCCACACCUCUUCUCAAAGCAUUGCUGACUCUGACUACAGCUCUCAACAAAAGCAUUACAACUGAAGAUAGAUAG